AUGGAACGCCGCUUGCAAUCAGUAUCAGUUUGUCAGAAACAUAUGGCAAAUGCGCAAAUGAGUGGUUCUAUGGAAGGAGAUGUCAAUGAUGUCAUUAAUAUGACCGAGACUCUGGAUGAUGAGCUUCAAGCCAAUUUGCAUAUGCUGCUCGUUGAGAUGCCAAGGCUAGAAAAUGUGUUCAGAGUUACUGAAAUGAAAAUGUUUGUUUCUAUGGGCGCGAAUUAUGUAAAGGUAGUUUUGAAAACAUUUUCCAAGGUCAUACAAGCCUUGUUUAUCUUUUACGUCUACAUAAUAUUUCGAGACGCUGUUAAAAUGAUUGAGAAUUACAAAACAAAUGUGGACUUCAAUAAUUGCUUCAUCACUAGUGUAUUCUGGCAAAUUGACCAUCAUCGCGAACUGCUGGGUCAGCAGGCAAUUCGCUACAUCUCAACAGCUGAAAUGAGGGAGUGGAAGCUUUUGAAAUUAUUUAGCUCACCAACGAGAGGAGAGCUGAAUCGAGCCAAGUUUGCGCUGAUGACAUGGUUCAUUGCAACAUUUGUUACUGUUCUCUUAGUUUUCAUGGAUUACUACCUUUAUGCUUUCCUGGAUGCGGUGGAAGGAGAAGGUGUUGUAGCGAAUUUUGUAAGGGGAAUGAUUGCUGAUAACCGUACUAUAGAAGUCGAUAAUGUGCGUCGUUCUCAUUCUAGGACUUAA